AGUUCUCGAGCCCCGCCCCCGAGGCUCGAGGCCACGCCCUUUGCCCUUUGUGACGUUGCCCCGCGCCCCGCUGCACCCCCAUAGCCCGUGCCGGGCACCCCGGCUCUCUGCGGCUUUGGCCCGUUGGAGGCCGCUCCGGUCGAGAAAACGCCAAAGCCAGGCAGAUCAGUCCGGGGCCAUGGGGAGGCAGGCUACGAGCUUCCUUCUCUCCUUCCUCUCCGCAGCACUGCUCCUGCCUCCGCUGCCUGCCGAGGAUUCGACCCCUGCGGCUACCCCAGGCAGUCCUCUCUCCGAUCCGGAGUAUGAAAAGUUCUUCGACCUGUUUAAGCCCCGCUGGAAGGCAGAGACCAUGUGCCGGCUCCGAGCCACCCUGGGCUGCCGGAACCCCACCAUCGUCCAGUUGGACCAAUAUGAAAACCACGGCCUGGUGCCUGAUGGAGCCGUCUGCUCUGACCUUCCUUACGCCUCCUGGUUUGAGUCCUUCUGUCAGUUUUGUCAGUAUCGUUGCUCCAAUCACCAGUACUAUGCCAAGAGAGUCCGCUGCUCCCAGCCUGUCUCAAUUCUCUCACCUAACUCUGGUAAAGAGCCCGACCCUGCUGAAGCUUCCACCACCAUGGGGUCUUCCACUGCGUCCUCCCUUACCACAGGUACCGAGCGCCAGGUCUUCCAGCCGUGGCCCGAGAGACUCCACAACAAUGUGGAAGAGUUGCUACAGUCCUCUUUGUCCUUGGGAGGCAAGGACGGAGGGCAUGAGGAUAAGCAGAAGACCCCGACAGAGAAGUACAAGCAGGAGAAGGCUCAGGAGCAAGAAGAGGAAGAGGAGCAGGAAGAAGAAGAAUAUGAGGAGGAAGGAAUGGGGACAGGAGAGGCUGGAAUUGCUGCUCUGGAUGGGCUACAGACAGACGAAGAGACCAAAGCCCGGCUCCUGAGCAAAUCUCUCUCCUCCAACCUUUUCACCUUCACACCCCAGGCGCGGGAAGUGGACUCCACCCCGUUGAUGAUGGAGAACAUCCAGGAGCUCAUUCGGUCCGCUCAGGGCUUGGAUGAAAUGAGCGAACUGUACGAUGAGGAGUCCAUCUGGAAAAACCAGAGCCCUGGCAGCCUCCUGCAGAUGCCCCACUCGGACUCGAUGAUGGCUUUGUGCUAUUCUAUUAUGGAGAACACCUGCAUCAUAACCCCCACAGCCAAGGCCUGGCGGUACUUGGAAGAUGAGAACCUUGGUUUUGGAAAGCUGGUCUGUGACAACCUUGGCCGGCGGCACAUCUCCUCCUGCGACCUCUGCGCCUUCUGCUCCCUGAAGCUGGAGCAGUGCCUCUCGGAGGCCAACCUGCAGCGGCAGCAGUGUGACAGGUCCCACAAGACGCCCUUCAUCAGCCCCUUGCUGACGUCACAGAGCAUGUCCAUCGGCACCCAGGUUGGGAGCUCCCAGUCCGGCCGCUUCUAUGGGAUGGACAUGUAUGGUGGGCUCCGCAUGGACUUCUGGUGCGCCCGGCUGGCCACCAAGGGCUGUGAAGAUGCCCGAGUGGCUGGCUGGCUCAAGUCUGAGUUCCUGAGUUUCCAAGAUGGGGAUUUCCCCACCAAGAUCUGUGACACAGACUAUAUACAGUACCCAAACUUCUGCACCUUUAAAAGUCAACAGUGUCUGAUGAGAAACCGGGACAGAAAGGUGUCCCGCAUGAGAUGUUUGCAGAACGAGACAUAUAGCGUCCUGACACAAGACAAGAGCGAGGACAUCGUGCUGCGGUGGAGCCAGGAGUUCAGCACCUUGACGCUAGGCCAGUCCGGAUGA